ACAGCGGCGGCCCCGGGCUCCCCACAGCGGCAGGGCCGGGGCGGCCCCACAGGGGUCCCUGCAGCUGUAGGGGCGCUUCUGGGGUCCCCACAGCAGUAGGGGCGGGGCUCCUCACCAUUACAGAGGCAGAUCUAGCAUCUCCUUAUCUAUAGGGGCAGAUCUCGGGUCCGUCCAGCUAUAGGGGCACAGUUAGGGGUCCUUGUUGCUGUAGGUCUAGCUCAGAAAUCCCUGCGGCUGUAGAGGAGGAUCUGCUGUCUAUAAAGGCAAGUGUCAUUGCUGUUACAGGGCUGGAAGAGAAAUUCUUGCAGGUGUUGGGGUGCACGAGGAAGCACAGUGCCUAAGCUGCAGGUGGGUCUCCAGUGUUGGGGUAUCUCAAUGUAGCUCAGAGACCUGCUCUUCUGUACAGUAGAGAUCCUCAUGGCUGAAGAGAAAGCUCAGAGAUCAUAGCAAACAAGCGGGCAGUUCAGAGACCCCCAUUGCCACAAGAGCAGCUCAGAGAUCUUAGCUAGAGGCUUGGAGAUCCCAUCACUGGAAGGCCUGGACUGGCACAGAUCUGCCAGUGUGUGGAACCAGGCUGUCUCACAAGCCAUACAGCCAGGCCACAGAGCACGAGAGACCACUGGGGGGCCUGCAGGAGACCUUAACAGGUGAGACACUGCCAGCAGCUUUGGAGGAGGGACAAGAGAGGAGCACUUCAUCCCACCACUGGAGCCAGCACCCAGAGAUCCAGCUCCAUCUCUGUUCCUUUGUGCUGUUCAGGCAUAACCAAACACCUACCCGAGCGAAAGAGAGGGAGUCCUUGCUGGCUGUGGCUUUUCCAUGCCUGUGACUGAUACAACCAUGUCAGCCCAAAUGGACAGAUGGAUUUGUUCCUUCUUUUUCCUUCUCUUCUAUGCUUCUUCCCUGCCGACGCUGGGAAAUGCAAAGCUGCUGCAGGAGCUGGGCCCCCAGGAGUAUUUCAGUAGCUUGCAAGCUGGCAGGGCAUCCCUGGCUUAUUUCAGCCACAAUGUUUCUCCCAGUGCCCAGGCGUUCCUGGAACAGAUUGAGAACUCGGUCGAGGCUCUUCAGGACUAUGGGAUUUCAGUGGUAAAGGUUAACUGUCCCAAAGAAGAUGUCUCAAGAUACUGUUGGAAAGAAAAUGCAUUAAGGAAAGCCUACCUGUUCAGAGGUAACAUUCUCAUCAGAGAAUUCCCUACUGAUGCUUUGUUUGAUGUGAACUCCAUCGUUGCUAAUGUUCUGUUUGCCCUGCUCUUUAAUGAAGUUAAAUAUGUUGAAACACUGGUGGAUCUUCAGAAUAUAGAAAACUUGCUGAAAGGGAGGUCAAACAUGGUAUUUGCAUAUGUACCAGCUACUGGGACAGCAGAGCACAGAGCUGUGAUGGAGGCAGCUUUCGUCUAUGGGACUACUCACCAGUUUGUUCUGACAACUGAGGCCACAUUGAUGAAAGAAGCUGGCAAUGAUGAGCCUGGAUCUUCUGCCCAGCUGUUCUUCUGCCAUUGUCAGCUGGCCACGGACCCGGCGCAGCCCUGCAGGAGGACGCCCAUGAAGCAGGCUCUGACGAUGCUGAACAUUCACAGACACCUCAAGCUUAUGGGGGCUCCUCUUGUGACAGAAGUUGCUGAGGAUCCAGAGAAGGUUUCCACUGUGCACUUACAGCUUGGGCUGCCGCUUGUGUUCAUCCUCAGCCAGAAAGAGACCUAUGAAGCAGAUAGGAGAACAGCAGAGUUAGUGGCCUGGCAGCUCUUGGGGAAAGCAGGAGUUGCUCUUUUGUCCAGGGAUGUUGUGGAUUCGAACGUCCUGCUCCGGUCCAACAUCGCUCUGAAGACACCAGAUGAGGGUGUGCCAAUCAAAUACCUGGCUUUGGAAGAUACUGAUGAAGUUAUAACCCUGGUGGAAGAUAAGAGCAAAUUUGAACAAAUUCAGGAGGAUGAAGAUGAGGAAGAUGAGGAUGAAAAAGAGAAUGAUAAUCAAGAUAUUCAAGAUGAUCAGGUGGUGGAAGCUGUUUCCAGGGAUAGGAAGCAAGAGCUGCCCCUGGAGCAGAUCCUUACACUGACUGAGGAGACCUUUCACACUACUAUGCUGGAGGCUGCCCGGGUGGUGGUGAUGUUUUAUGCCAGCUGGGAGGCAGUGUCCCUGGCAGUGCAGCGGUCUUAUGUGGAGGUUGCCGAUCACCUGAAAGGAACUCAGGGGCUUUUGCUCUCUCAAGUAAACUGCUGGGACUGGCCUGGAGUUUGCACAAAAGAGAACAUCACUCAGUUUCCUACCAUCAGAAUUUAUGAAAAGGGAGGGCGAUCACUGACCUACAACGGCAUGUUGGGAACAGAAGAACUGGCCAGUUUCAUCAUAUUGAGCCAAGUUUCCUGCCCUCUGAAGCUGGCCACAAUUGAUGAAGCAGAAGACUAUUUAAGAGGAGAACUCCCAUCUGAGCUUUCAUCCUAUCACCAUACUUCAAUUCUAGGAGUAUUUAGCAAAGCCACAAGUGUAGCCAAGGAAGCUUUUGUGGAGGCAGGAAACAUCUUAAGUGGACAUGUAACGCUGGGAUUGUAUUUUGAAGAUGAUGCCUUGGCUUUGUCUCGUAAAUAUGCAGUGUCUCCUCCAGCCCUCCUCCUUGCUAGGAGCAGAGAUCAGAGUGUGGAAGGCAUUGCUUUGUCCAAACAGAGUGCACAGGACAUUGUGCAGAUGAUCAGAUAUGAAUUGCUGGACAUUUUUCCAGAAAUCACAGUGCAAAAUUUGCCCCGCUAUUUGCAACUCAGAAAGCCCUUCCUCAUCAUGUUUAGCGAUGGUGACAUCAGUCAAAUGGAAAGGAAGGAAAUGCUGAAGCUGGCAAAAGGAAGACCACAGCAAGCGUUUGUAACUUGCUGGCUGAAUUUGAAGAACACACCUGUGGGCCAUGGGAUCCUGAAGGCCUAUUUUGCCACCUUGCCUUCGUUGCCUGUUCUUGUCUGGGUGAGCCUUCACACAGCAGGUCAAGUAUUCAGGUUUCCACCAGACCAGUCUGUCACUGAAAUGAAUAUCUUGUCUUGGCUGGAGAAGCUAAAAGCAGGAUUGGAGAUUCCCAGCAGUACCUUAUCUGAGGAAGACUGGAAACCACCUCUUCCUGCUUACAAUUUCCUCCAGAUGAUGGAGACAACAGUGCCUGAGUUCAUCCUGCACACCUCCUACAGCCAUGGGGACACACAGGAGCAGCAGCAGCCAGAAAGCUCUGAAGAAAAAGCCACAGUCAGAGAGGAACGGCCUGAGGAGUCUGGGGUGAAAGCAGAGAAAGGCCAGUCCCCUGGGAGGGACCUGCGGGGGACAGCCCCAAGGCUAGCAGGAAGGGAAAAGAGACAUAGUGAGCUGUGAGAGCUAGAGAUCCCGCUAUGGGAAAUAGUGAGAGGCUAUAGGACAGUGCCCAGAGAACUGUCUCACAGUCUGAGUCCUCUGUGAGCAUUCUACAACAGAGAGAGAGGUGCUUUACUAGCCAAAUUAGCAGUGAAGGGAUAAAACAGCUCUUAAGUUUCAGUUUAAAGGCAAAUUCCCCACUGCAGUGUGUCAGCACUUCUGCCAUGCUUGUGAUUUCUGGUACCAGCAAUGUGUUUGUACAACAAUAACUUGGCCCUCCUGUGUGCAGUUCCUGUUGCAUUUCAUGGUAAAUCAUGACAGCAGAUCUACAUGGAGAUUUCUGGGAAGGAGUUCUGUCUGCUUGGUAGUUAAUGGAAAGGCCCACUUUGCGUGCUAAAAGCCUGUGUGCACAACAAAUUAUGCUGGAGAAGUUAGAUCAACACAGCCUGUUCCUGUGACACCAUAUAUCUCACAAAGAUGCUUUGGUUGCCUCUGAGCGGAAAGACCAUGAGCAGUUCCAGGAAGAAGAACAGCUCUCUUGCCUCUAGUAAUGCCACUAGAGGCAUUACUGAACUAUCUGUCAGCAAGUUCUGCUCUCAAGAAACUUAAAUCUGCAGAGAAACUAUGUGUUGCUGUGAAGGCAAACAUACUGCUCACUCUAUGGCUGCAGUGUUUAAACUGGCACGUAGUUGUGUUUACACCUGAGAUGGUGAACUGAAUUCAUGAGCAUGUUUCUUCUCAUAACAGGAGAAUCUGGCUGAAGUGAUUUUGUUAUAAAGUCCAGAACUCAGAUCAUCACAGCAGCUGUGAAUAUCCAGAACACAUCCACAAAAUUUGCCAGCAAAGCUCAAGGUCAGGUGGGUUGGAAGAUGGCUUUGCUCAAUGCUGGCAGCUUCAUGGUUAUGAGCCCAGGGGGCUGUUUGCAGCCUCUGCUCUUUUUGGUUUUGGUGACAGUAGUGAGGCUGGUUUCAUCUGAGCAUGGGAUGGUGUGGGGAAUGAGGUCUGCAGAGAGGUGAACACUUUAGAAAUGAGGAGGGGGAGAUGAAGGGCAGGGCUGUCAGUGCUGGGGACAGACUGUUCCAACAUGGGAUGGAGCUGUGUCUCACAUCCUUGUCUAGACUGGGAGGUUCAGUGCCUGGGAAAGCAGUAUUCUGGGCUUUACUCACAUCCCUGGGACAGCAAAAGGCCUUUAAUUCCUUUCUGGAGGGCCUGACCUUGCAGGACAGCUCUUGAGCACAGGAUGUAGUCUGGGGAGUGCAGUGUGUUCAGAGGGAAACUUUGUCUAAUCCUGCUAAUGUCCAUCCUAAUCUUCCCACCGCCUUCAGUACGUGCGAGCUCUGUUCCACAACACCAGAGAUGUGCCAGGAGGGUUGGAUCCUCCUUCUGCUUAUGGCUCUGAAGUUAGGAGGGGGGAAAAGCAAAAAACAUUUUAAGGAACUGCUUGAGGCUUUGUGAAGUCUUUCCCUUCUUGCAAGCAUCCCACCUGGUGGGAGUAGUUUGCAAUGCUCAGUAGUAGUCCAUCAGUCUUGGGCUCUCUCUGAAGCCCUUAAUUGCUGUUUUUAUACUUGAUAUCAGGCUUAGAGCCAAACUGUAUAUAUAUGUAAAGUAAUUAUCUAUAGUAUGCAGAUCAGAGUCUGUUAUGCAGCUGAAUAUUCCUCAGAGAAGGAGUAGAAUCAGUGUGGAAACAGAACUUCUGUGAGUUCCCAUCAUUCCUUUGUUGCGUAAGGUCUUUAUACCAUGCUCCACGUCAUUUCCACUGAAUCCACUGGAUCAUUUCCAGUACUGUCCCUGAUGAUAUGACUGAUGCCUUCCCUGUUACUGCAUCACUCUCCCAUUUUGUGCAGGUGAAGUGUGGUAUCUGAGAUUAUAGUAAAUUUCUUAAAUAAAGUAUAUCUAAAGUACACUUAA